AUGGCAAUGGACAGCCUCCUGAUGAAGCAGAAGAAAUUCCUCUACAAUUUCAAGAACCUACGCUGGGCCCGGGGCCGCCAUGAGACCUACCUCUGCUAUGUGGUAAAACGUCGGGAUAGCGCCACCUCCUGCUCCUUGGACUUCGGAUACCUGCGCAACAAAUCGGGUUGCCACGUGGAGAUGCUCUUCCUGCGUUACAUCUCUGCCUGGGACCUGGACCCUGGACGCUGCUACCGAGUCACCUGGUUCACCUCAUGGAGCCCCUGCUAUGACUGCGCCCGGCAUGUGGCUGACUUCCUGCGUGCCUACCCCAACCUGACGCUGCGCAUCUUUGCCGCCCGGCUUUACUUCUGUGAGGACCGCAAUGCUGAGCCUGAGGGGCUGAGACGCCUGCACCGGGCUGGGGUCCAGAUCGCCAUCAUGACCUUCAAAGAUUACUUCUACUGCUGGAACACCUUCGUGGAGAACCGGGAGAGGACCUUUAAAGCUUGGGAGGGGCUGCAUGAAAACUCUGUCCGUCUGUCCAGGAGACUCCGGCGGAUCCUCUUGCCACUGGAUGAGGUGGACGAUUUACGAGAUGCCUUCAAAAUCCUGGGACUUUGAGGUGGGCAGGAGUGAAGCUCACAGCCAGUCAGAAGACUUUGGAAACACACUGGUCCUACAAUGUCUCUCUUUC